AUGCCCCUUUUGCCCGAGAUAUGGAGCCACAUUUGCUCCUUCAUGCUGAAGCCGAGCCUAUCCAACCUAAGGCUCACCUCGCGCCAGAUGAACCACACCGCCCUGCCUCAUCUAUUCAGGAGCCUACGUCUUGAAGGCUUUGGCGGCUCAGCUGAGCGCGUCAUCAACAUCGCCAAGUCCCCCAAGCUACGUGGCCUAGUCCGAGAGCUCACCAUCGACUCUUGGAUCGGGCCUGGCUUUGAGUACAACGCAAACGAGGACUAUAAGAUCCCUACAGAUUUCAUGGACGCUUUGCCUUAUAUCCGCUGCUUUGGAAAGGUUACGACUAUGAAUCUGCGGUUCAAUGAGUUUUGCGGUGACGAUGAUCGGGACUAUUGGCGAACGGAAAUCGAAGAGACCUGGUCAUUCAGAUACAGAAUCAUUGACACCGUGUGCCACUGUAUCGUGGGCAUGUGGACCAAAGAGCGACAGGAAAGGAUAGACAACAGGGCCGGCCUCGAAUACGACCCUGAGUAUCCCGAGGAUGACCUGGGUGUUCCUCUAGAACAUAUAAUGCCGCUCAAGGAGCUCACCAUAUCGAACCUGGCAGACUAUCCCGAUACCGACAUCACUAGGUCCAAGGCCUGGAAAAAGCUUCUUUCUCUUGACAGCCUCGUCAACCUCAAGCUCUUCAUCGCCACCGAAGUCGAAUCCUCUUCACCAGAGUCUGCCGUCUUUUUCGCAGAAAAGUACGAAUUCUUCGGCGACCUGCCCAACUCAUGGCUCUCGAGCCCCAUCACCGACAACCUGCGAGUCUUGUCGCUAUUCUACUGCGACUAUUGGGGCUGGUUUCCCAAGUUCGACUUCCGCCUCAUUAACGAAGGCGGAUCGCCAUUCCCGCAACUCAAGGUGCUUGCGCUCGGAAACUACGUCUUUAGCCAUGACUGGCAGAUCGACUGGUUUACAACCAUCGGGUCAAAGAAUGGCAGCGGAGGGCUAGAGGAGCUUUAUCUUGAUGACUGUCCCAUUUUGACCAGGGCUCAACAGAUGGGUCCGCUUAGCCGCAGCGACCCUGGCUAUCCCAGGGCCGGGACGGUCAUGCAGGACAGCGGGAGGCCUGACAAGUUUGAGUACUCACUGCGAUGGCACCAGGUCCUCUCGCGAUGGACAGAGUCGAUGAAGGCGCUAAAGGUUUUUCGAAUGGAUCGUGGUGCCUGGAACUCACCUUCGCCAAAGGAUGCUAAAAUGUUCCUAGAGGAUGUAGACGAUCAUGGCUAUCGCGUGGACGAGAGCACGUACCAUCGCACUUCCUACAAUAUCCACCGGAGCUUUGGCGGAGAUGGAAUUUCGGUGACGGAAGAAACACGCAUGCAGUACAUAGAGUACGACAUCGGCACCGGGCCUAGUCCAUGGCUCGAGGCUCGCAGAAAAAGGUGGUUCCCGAGGGAUGAUGACUUUGUUGUGACUGAGGAGCUGCUAAGCAAGGACGCGGGAGCUUAUGAGGCACUUUUUGCUGCCAUCAAUGCUAGGCAGCAGGAUUCAAGAGAGGAGUUGUGA